AUGGUCCAGAUCAGCGAGGUCAAGGGCAACUCGCGCGAGAAUCGAACUGCCGCGCACACCCAUAUCAAGGGUCUAGGCCUGCGCGCUGAUGGCACCUCAGAGACAACUGGAGAUGGAUUCGUUGGACAGAGUGCUGCCCGUGAGGCAUGCGGUGUAGUUGUCGACCUCAUCAAAGCUAAGAAGAUGGCCGGACGAGCUGUCUUGCUCGCCGGUGGUCCGGGUACCGGAAAGACUGCUCUUGCGCUUGCUGUAUCACAAGAGCUGGGAACUAAAGUGCCAUUCUGUCCAAUCGUCGGCAGCGAAAUCUACUCUUCGGAGGUCAAGAAGACAGAGGCAUUGAUGGAAAAUUUUCGGAGAGCAAUUGGCCUUCGGGUGCGGGAAACAAAGGAGGUUUACGAGGGCGAGGUGACAGAGUUGACUCCAGAGGAGACCGAGAACCCCCUGGGCGGCUACGGUCGCACUAUCAGCCACUUGAUCAUCGGUUUGAAGUCUGCCAAGGGUAGCAAGAAACUUCGGUUGGACCCCAGCAUCUACGAGGCCAUCCAGAAAGAGCGAGUCACCGUGGGAGAUGUUAUCUACAUCGAGGCGAACACUGGCGCAUGUAAGCGCGUAGGACGUUCUGACGCUUAUGCAACCGAGUUCGAUCUGGAGGCCGAGGAGUAUGUGCCUGUCCCCAAGGGCGAGGUUCACAAGAAGAAGGAGAUUGUGCAAGAUGUUACUCUCCACGACCUGGAUAUGGCCAAUGCGCGACCUCAAGGUGGCCAAGAUGUCAUGAGCAUGAUGGGCCAAUUGAUGAAGCCGAAGAAGACCGAAAUCACCGAUAAGUUGCGCCAGGAGAUCAACAAGGUCGUGAACAGGUAUAUCGACCAAGGUGUGGCAGAGCUGGUUCCCGGUGUACUUUUCAUCGACGAGGUUCACAUGCUGGAUAUUGAAUGCUUCACGUACCUCAACCGCGCUCUUGAGCAAACUAUCUCUCCAAUCGUCAUCCUUGCUUCCAACCGCGGACACACUGUCAUUCGUGGUACGGAGGAUAUUAGCGCUGCGCAUGGUAUCCCGCCUGAUCUGCUUGCCCGUCUUCUCAUCAUUCCCACCACUCCCUACAGCCCUGACGAGAUCAAGACCAUCAUUCGCCUCCGCGCAAAGAUCGAGAACAUUGUCAUUUCUGAGCCAGCCUUGGAGAAGGUUGCGGAGCAUGGCAGCAAGGUCAGCUUGCGAUAUGCCCUUCAGCUGCUGACUCCAGCAAGCAUUCUGGCACGCGUCAACGGCCAGAGCGGUAUCGAGGCCGUCCACGUUGCUGAGUGCGAGGACAUGUUCCUGGAUGCCAAGCGUAGUGCCGCAAUUGUCGCCCAGGAUAGCAGCAAGUUCCUUGCAUAG